CGUGAAUUAUUGUAGUUUUACAUCAUAAAUUUGCUACCAUUUGAGGGUCGAAGUAGCAAAUCAAAUCUUAAACGACAAAAUAUUGUAAAUGAGUAGCAAAUACUAUGGUUACCUAAAUUAAAUUUACCACGUCGACUGAUGACUAAAUAAUACGAGUUGGGUAUCCAAGAAGUAAUUUUCCAUAUGCUUGUAGCUAGCCAGCCGAUUUAGAAGCCCAACCCAACGUUCUUCUCGGAUAAAUUAGCUGAACCAAUCUUCACAUUACUGCAUUUGUUUCUCUUCUACCCUUCUGCUUCUGGUCUAUGAGUUUCUAUGUGGAAAGACUGCAGCUUGGAGUUCCUGCUGCAGCAAUCCAUUCAUCCCCAAAAGAGAAGAAAGAAUUGCUAGUGUGGUUAGCAUCAUGACCGUUCUUCAAGCUAAGAGAUAUCAGGUCGAACCCAAUGCUAAAGACCCUUUUUUUGUCAUUUUACAUUCUUGAUCUGCUGCAUGAGUGAAAGCUUUGAGCUUGACAAUUGACGGCUGAUCGCCUGCUCUGAUUUUGCUGCAGGCGAAGAAGAGAAGGCCACGGGAAGUUUGCGACGGGGCUGUUUCCUGCAGCAAUCAGGCGAGAAAACCGACUCCGACUCCGACUCCGACUCCGCUUCCGUUCUUUCUCUUUCUUUCAGUCUCUAGUCUACUCUAAUGAGCUUUGUUUGGUGGCACUCAUUGCCCUUCUGAAGAUCUCUUUAGUUUGCUUCAAUUGCCCUUGUGAGAUUUUUUUCUUUAGCUUGCUUUCAUCCAGUUGUUCGGUGGUUCCUUCCUUGCAUGAUCAUUACUGAAAUCAAACUGGGUCUGGUGGGUUCUUAGUGAAAAGCUGAAUGCAUGAGCUAUUUACCUUUUUUCUGAACUUUGAAAGAGAUGUUUAAUGUAGGGGUUGUGGAGAAAUAGGAAGGGAAAGGAAAAGGGUUUUGAAACAAAGGAAGAAAGCUUGAAUAUGUAUGUGCUUGGUCUACCUCAGGAAGCAGAUAUAGUCGCAAUCAAGUCUCCUGUAAAGUCAGUCAAGAAUCAGAAGGAUAUCUUCAGUGCUAUGGGGAAGAGGGCCUCCAUGGAGAAUCUGUAUGUCAGUGGCGAGGUUGACAAUGCUGCAAUGAGAAAAGCACAUGAGUUUGCAUCUAGUCUACCUGGAAACUUUCCUACCUUGAUGAAGCUUAUGCACCCUUCACAUAUUGGGUUUUCCUUGCAUCUUGUGGCAGGGUUUUGCUACAAGCAUUUGCCUGACAAGGAUAAGGUGAUCGACCUAGAAGAUGACAAGGGCAAAGUUUAUCCCGCCCAAUUCUUAGCUAGUAAGCAUUGUCUUAGCGGUGGAUGGAGAGCUUUCUCCAUCCAUCACAAGUUAGUUCAAGGCGAUGUUGUGGUUUUUCAGUUACUUGAACCGACCAAGUUCAAGGUCUACGUAGUGAGAGCAAGUGCCUCAGAGCAAGCGAGUAGAAGAUCCAAGAGAAAGGUCGAGACAAGUGCCAAAGAAGCCAAGAAGACCAGCAUCACCAACUGCAAAAUUGUAGUACAUAAACAAGACGAGCCCAAGAAUGGAAGCGAGGAAGAUUUCGGUUUUGAUAUCUCAGAUGGGAUAAUUAUGUCAUCAGAUCAACCAGCUGUUGAUUUCCAGCAAGUGAGGAACGUUGAUGACUUUGACAUUGUGGUUAAUGGCCUGAUCAUCAACUGUGAACUCUCCAAACAGCUUCAGUACAAGUACUACGAACUAUGCAGCAGCCAGAAGUCUUUCCUCCACCAACAUAUUCCCAAUGGGCUUAACUGUAAGCUGAUAGCCGGAAUAAUCGCUGAGACCACUAACAUUGCUGAUGCAGUAAGGACUGCAAAGUUCGGUACUCGACAGAAGGAAGAGUUUGCAACUUGGGAAAACACAUUGUCAGGAUUCGAGAAGCUGGGAAUGAAUGUGGAGUUCAUACUCACCAGGUUGAGGCAGCUCAUAGGGCUUUCUGACCAUGCCAAUAGGUGCAAGAAAUUGAAGACUGAGAGAGUUGAAGUGGGAGAGGAGGUGAAGGCUUUGAAGGCAAAACUCGAGAAAUCGGUAGGUAGAAUGAAGAGGAAUGAUGAAGAGAUAGAGAGAUUGGAAAAUGAGGAGGAUGUUGAGGUGAGGUUCACAAAAUUGGCUGAAGCUCCAUGGUCAAUGUAACUGGAUGCUGACUUUGUAUCUAGCUUAGAGAGCUACUAAGUUCAAACCAUUCUGUAUGAGGUUUGUACGACUUGGCUUGGAAAGAUAUAAAGUCACCAUCUCUGUAGCUAUGAAUGACUCGGACGGUCCAAGUUCUAAUACGAUCGACCGGAUGAUCGAGAUCUUCGAGCAGCAAAGUGAUUAACCGAAGGGAUUUGUAUCAGCUGAAUGACCAAAUGCAUACACGAAACUAAGUUGUAAUGUAAGAUUCCAUUGAAUUCGAUUACCUCCAGUGUAAAUUACCAUCAACUGGAAAACUGCAAGCACGGAUACACAUGGAUGCCAGAAAACCAGAUGGGUCCAUAUCAUCAUACCCAGUUGGGCAAAUGCAUGGUAUUUUUCUACAACCCCAUGCCACAUUCAGCCAUGCAACCUCACAUGGAGCAUAAAGGAAUGGUGACUGGUACAGGACAAGUAAGAAGAAUAUAGAACUGGCCCAUUAACUAGCGCCAAUGCGCCAUUCUUUUUGCCGAAUACACUGCAUACCCACCAAAUUUCAACUCAUUACAUUUGCCUUAAGAAGUAAAAGUAAAUAACUUCUUCCUCGUGUAAUAAAUCAUAGAACUUUCA